AUGCACAAAAUAGUCAUCGUGUUGCUCCUACUCGUUUCCACUUGCUCCGCGACUCGAUUCCUCUUUGCCAUCGAAGCGAAAUGUGACUACGACAAGGUAUUCGUGAUGGUUGUAUCGCAUUGGGAAGACGAUUCGUGGUAUUGGAUUCAUGAUGAAGAUCAAGUCGCCGAUCGAGAAACGUUUUCUGGCUAUAAAAAGCUAUUUUUCUAUCAAAAAGGGCAGCAAAAGACAGAAAAUGGAGCGGAAUUUGAACUCUACGCGAGAUUUUAUCAUAAUUGUACGAGUGAUGGAAGACAUGUCAAGUAUAAACACAAUUUGUGGAAUACGAAGAAGGCACAUGGGUUGGAAUACGUUGAGUAUUAUGUGGAUUUGACGGAUGCGAAAGAAUGA